AUGACAAUAGCAGCCGCGGUGACCGCGCCCACGUCCGCGCCAGUGCACGUCGCGCCGCGCCACGCCACCCCCUCGGUCGUCCAGCCGCGCGCCGCGCCGCGCCGGGACCCGUCGCCGCUGAACCCCAACACGCCGGCGCAGGCGCUCCGGUCGGCCAGCCCCGGCGGCUGGUCUUCUGCAGCUGCUGCGGCCACGGAUGGCGGCGCCAGGGCUCACAUCGCCAACCUUGACAAGGUGCUCGGGAAGCCGCCGCAGGUGCCGAGGCUCGCCGCGGCCGCGAGCAACAAGCAGGGGCAGGGGCAGGGGCAGGAGCAGGAGCCGCUCAACGUCAGGCACGGCCUGCUCAACGCGCUGAACCUGUCCUUCUUCGUGCCCAUGCCCGGGAUGCGGGCGCGGACGGCCGCCGACGAGCACAUGUCGCCGCGGAGCCUCAUGCACAUGCAGCAGGUCCUCUCGGCCGACUCCCCGCGGGCCUCCCCGCGGUGCACCAUCGCGCCUCGCUGGCGCAGGCUCCACGGGGAAGGCGGCUGGGAGGGCCUCCUCGACCCGCUGGACUCGGACCUCCGGCGCGAGCUGCUCCGGUACGGCGACUUCGUGCAGGCCGCGUACCAGGCGUUCCACUCGCUGCCCACCGCGUCGGCGAGGCACCGCGGGCUCAUGCUCCCCGACCGCUCCUACCGCCCCACGCGCAGCCUCUUCGCCACCUCCGCGCUGUCCAUGCCGCCGUGGGCCAAGCGCCCCAACACGCCCGAGUGGCUCACGCAGCAGUCCAACUGGGUCGGCUACGUCGCCGUCUGCGAGUCGGAGCGGGAGGUCGCCCGCAUGGGCCGCCGCGACAUCGCCAUCGUGCUGCGCGGCACCGCCACCUGCCUCGAGUGGGCGGAGAACCUCCGCACCUCGCUGGUGCCCCUCGACGGCGACAGCAGCGACGGCGCCGACACGUCCGGAGCGGAGGAGCCCAAGGUGGCGCGGGGCUUCCUCAGCCUGUACAAGACGGCCGGGGAGAAGGUCAAGAGCCUGUCGGAGGAGGUGAUGGACGAGGUGCGGCGCCUCAUGGACAAGUACAAGGGCGAGGAGCUCAGCAUCACGAUCGUCGGACACAGCCUCGGCGCCGCCCUGGCGCUCCUCGUGGCCGACGAGGUCGCCACGUCCAUCCCCGACGCGCCCCCCGUCGCCGUGGUCUCCUUCGGGGGGCCCAAGGUGGGCAACGCCGCGUUCGUCGAUAGGAUCACCAGCAGCGGCAAGGUCAACGUCCUGCGCAUCGUCAACGCCGGCGACGUCGUCACCAAGGUGCCCGGGGUGGCUCCGCGGCUGCCGCACAAGAAGGAGCAGUACCAGCACGUGGGCGCCGAGCUCCGGAUCGACAGCAAGAACUCGCCGUGCCUCCGCCCGGACGCCGGGCCCGCGUGCCGCCACGACCUGGAGGCGUACCUGCACCUCAUCGACGGGUUCACGGGGACGGGGCGCCCGUUUCGGCACGACGCGCGGCGCAGCGUCAUCCGCCUCCUGCAGCUGCAGAGGGGCAACGUCAAGAAGGAGUACGUGAACCGUGCGCGCGAGCUCGGCGUCGACCCCGCCGCGCCGGCGGACGUCGGCCGGAGCAUGGCGUACGGCAACUGCGCCGUCGCCAGCCCCUCGUGA